AUGACCAACAGCCUGGGAGCAACAACCAAAAAAAACCUGUCCCCCCCGAGUUUUCUCUUCCACCUAGGCACUUGCAGGAGCAGCUGGUCAGCCGACCUGAGAGGCCGACUAGGAAGAAGCCCAGAGAGUCCGUCUGUUUGUCGCGUGUUCGUGACUCGUCUUUCUCUGCUGCAGGUUCUCUAUGGGAAGGUGAGGGUCCGCUGUUUUGACAAGCAGGAGGACGCCCUACCUGUCGGUGUGGCCCCGCCUUAUUUUGAGCCUCCUUUAGCUCCGUUCCAGACCGCCUCGCUCCGGCGCUCAGUGCUACGUUCAGUCUGUGAGUACUCGGAGAAGAGCGGGCCAUGCCUCCUUACUCCUGUGCGGGAUAACCUCCAUCAGAUCGACGCAUUGGAAGGGCCAGCUGCUUUCCUGGACAUCCUGGCACCGCCGUACAACCCAGAGGAUGGGCGGGACUGCCACUAUUACAAAGUCCUGCAGACUGUGGCAGAGGGAGGAGCAUGUGGCAAGGAGGAGGUGCAGGGACAGGAGAAGGAGGCGUGGCUGCUAGAAAUCCCUCAGCCAGAGGAGUUCUGGUGCGGUGGGGAGUCCUACCCCGGCCCUGCUGUUUACAUCUGAGGUUCUACUGGAUCCCAGGACGUCAAAACUCGAGACUGAAAACCGGUGACUCUGCCGGACACGCCUCAGACACACAGAGAUUUCAGCAGGGUGACUGUGUCACAAUGAACACAUGAAUGUGUUGCUCUGUCAAUUACCCCUGAACGUAUUUACAAUGAACACAUGAACGUUUCGCUCUGUCAAUUAACCCUGAGCGUAUUUACAGUGAACACAUGAACGUUUCGCUCUGUCAAUUACCCCUGAGCGUAUUUACAAUGAACACAUGAACGUUUCGCUCUGUCAAUUACCCCUGAGCGUAUUUAUAGUGAACACAUGAACGUUUCGCUCUGUCAAUUACCCCUGAGCGUAUUUACAGUGAACACAUGAACGUUUCGCUCUGUCAAUUACCCCUGAGCGUAUUUACAAUGAACACAUAAACA